AUUUUAAAAAAUUAAAAUAAUUGAAAGGGGGCUUUAGUCCCGGUUACAUGCAUCAUCACAUUGGCGUCACUCAUGAGUCCUUAAAUACAUGACGGUUUCUAUCCAUGUUCUAAACAAAAUUAGAAACACGAAUUAAGAUGGCCGAAAACAUGAUCAUCGCCGACGCCAAACUGGAGAUGUGGGGCUACGCCUUGGGCUUCACUCCCACCGCCCUAGUCAAAUGCGCCAUCGAUCUCCAAAUCGCCGACGUCCUCGAAUCCCACGGCGGAUCCAUGACGCUUGCCGACCUCUCCGCCGCCGUUAACUGCUCGCCGCCGGUCCUCCGCCGCAUCAUGCGGUACCUGGUCCACCGGCUUUUCUUCAAGCAGACAACCACCUCCUACUCGCUGACGCCGCUCUCGCGACUGCUGAUCAGAAACGACCCCGACAGCAUGGCGGCGUUAGUGCUGCUGGAGAGCACGCCGGCGAUGCUAGCGCCGUGGCAGCGGCUGAGCUUGCGAGCUCGACAAGCAGAAGGCUCGCCGUUCGAGGACGAGCACGGCCGCGAUCUCUGGGAUUACACCAACGCGAACGCCGCACACAGCAAGCUGCUCGACGAUGCCAUGAGCUGCGUUGCGACUGCGACCGCGGUGGCGAUCGUCGAUCAGUACCCGGAGGCAUUCGAGGGGAUCACCUCCGUGGUGGAUGUCGGAGGCGGCGACGGCACCGCGCUCCGGAUUCUGGGGAAGGCUUUUCCUUGGAUCCAUGGGAUAAACUUCGAUCUCCAGCAUGUGGUUGGCGUUGCGCCGCCUUGCGACGGAGUUGAGCAUGUCGCCGGCAACAUGUUUGAGGCUGUUCCAAAAGCUGAUGCUGCUUUUCUCAUGUCGGUACUACACGAUUGGAACGACGAAGAAUGCAUAGAGAUAUUGAGGAAAUGUAAGGAGGCGAUUAAGACGAAAGUGAUGAUCGUGGAGGCGGUGAUCCGGGAAGAGGAAGAGAGCAAGUACAGCGACGUCCGGCUAGCGCUGGACAUGGUAAUGUUGGCCCACACCUCCGGAAAAGAGAGGAGUUUGGAGGAGUGGGAAUUUGUAGUCAAAGCUGCUGGUUUUAGUAGCUUCACAGUCAACCAUAUGGAUGCUAUUGCAGCGCUUAUUGAGGCCUAUCCAUGACCCAUACCCCGGAUGAUAUCAGCACUAUGGGAACUAAAACCAACCUAUUUCUAUGUCUACCUUUCUUUACAUUUUCCACACUCUAUUUUUAUGCUUUUAUAUUCAUAAGCUGCCAAUAUCUUGUUAUGUUUUGUGGCAUGUUCAAUUUUUGUCGUCUUCGAUUUUAUCGUUUGUGUGUAAUGUAAAUUAUACAAUAUAUAAUUCACUACCAUAUUCUAGUUUCUAAA